GUCAAGCAGGUUAAACUGUCAAACGUAAAAUUUUGCGAGUCGGCGGCGUGUGCAUGGAAUUUUAUAUCAAUCGUGAUUCGUGAUUUAAUACUAAAAUUAUUUGAUGAAAAUCUGUGAACACUAGCUAUAUAUAUUUUUGAAGAUGGCCAGUGAAUCCCCAGUACCGCCUCCAGUCUUAUGGGCACAGCGUAAAGAAAAUAUAUUUCUUACAUUCAGCGUGGAGUCUAAAGAUCCUGACAUUAAAAUAGAAAAAGAUUCAGUACACUUUAAAGGUAUCAGUGCGCAAGACAAUAAGAAAUAUGAGGUUAUAAUACCAUUAUUCGACGCUGUUGUGCCUGAAACAAGUGGAUUCGUUAAUAAAGGACGAUGUAUAGAAAUGCUUUUACGCAAAGAAAAGGAAGACGCUCCUUAUUGGCCCUCGUUAACUAAAGAUAAGAAGAAACCACAUUAUCUUAAAAUAGAUUUUAAUAAAUGGAAGGAUGAAGAUGAUGAGAAUGAAGAAGGUGGCGGUGGUGAGGAACCUCUUGAUCUCUUCCAAAUGCUGUCCGGCGGCUCUAAAGAUAACCCCGCGAAACCAUCAUUUGAUGAUUUGGAAAGUGACUCUGAUGACGAAAAUCUUCCGGACUUGGAAUGAGUAUAAUUUAAGUACUGCUAAUACAAUGAUGGCUGAACAGUAAAUUAAGGUUUUUGCAGUUAUAAUAAAUUUUUUUGAACUAA